GAGAAUUGCUUGUGUAGCAUUGUUCGGAUCUUGUUAACUGCUUUUAAGUACCAGAUGGUUAUUUCAUCCACCUAGUUUACAAAUCAAAGCUACGAGUUUGACAUUUCAUCUCCUGCAUCACAGAGAGUAACAAACGAUUUGGAUUUUCAUCUCAGUAGCAAUGGACUACAGCUUCCACAUUUGUACUGCAUUAUUUUCUCAAUUUCUGACAACUGCUUGACUUGUUAAAGCUUUGUUUUUUUUGCUCUUCGUUAUAAAGAAAAAAUGGGCACUUUUAUUGGUCACAUCUCCCCUGGUCUGGCUUUUCUCUCAUUUGGGAUCUUAUAUGCCUUUCGGCUGUCCAGAAUAUGGCUUCAGGGAAAUGGUUUCCACCCAAUGGGAAAUACUGGAAAGCAACAACCAGGGAGAUGGGGGUGUAUCAAACGCAUCCCAGUUGAAGGAAUUAUGAAGAUCAUUUAUGGGACUCUGGCAGUUUUGGGUGAAUUUUUCUUCCCUCCAGGAACAUAUAAGUUAAUACUGUAUGACCGCACAGCCCCAGAUGCACAUUUUAUGCACCCUAAUGAAUGGCAACAUGUCACAAUGUACUCAUACUUUGCAAUCAGUGGGUGGGUGGACAUUCUCAGCCAGGUGUGUUUACCCAAGAGAUUGCUGCUCAUUGAACACUUGGCACUCAGCCUUGCAUUUUACACAGAAACCCUUCUCAUAGCCUUCCACACGCAUGGUAAAGAGGUUGUAGAAAAGGCGGUUCAUUUUCAUCUGCUGAUCGCUUGCCUAGUGAUGUGUGUCAUCCUGACUGUGGAAUUCUGGAGACCUGAAGAUCCGGUGCUUUGGUUUACUAAGACCUGUCUUGUGAUGAUUCAGGGUACAUGGUUACUGCAUGCAGCCUUCAUUCUCUACAAGCCACCAUCAGGCAAGGCCUGGAAGGAUGAGGAUAUGAGCAACCUGAUGUUUGUUACCAACUUCUUCUCUUGGCAUAUUCUUCUGAACCUGGUACUUUUUGCUACUAUUUUUGGGAUCACUAAGCUGUUUUAUAAGUUUUCGCCCAAUAGUGCUACAAUCGUUAAAAGGCACCAAAAUGGGGAAUACAAGUUCCUCAUGAAUGGUCUCAGUCAAGAUUAUACUACUACUACAGAAACAAUAAAUGAGGAAGAGACACCACUGACUGCUGAUCAUUUUUAAAAGAAAACAGGAAUGUAAGCUGCCUUAUCAUAAAGAUUAUCUUAAACUAUAUUCUUAUCUCUGUUUUCUUCAAAUAUGUGCACAGAAAACUGUAGCUUUCUUUUACUGGUUCUAAUUCCGCUGUGUAUUGCAUGUUCCCUCCUGCCACUGUAAGGCCAUGAAAAAGACACUUAUUUUAAAAUUCUUUUAGACCAUUCUGUACAGCUGACCUUUCCAUUACUUCUUCACAUGUAGCCUAAUUAUUCCUCCUCAGAAGCCUACAGCUGAGUAGGAGACAUAGUUUUAUUUUUGCAAGGGUCUUUGCACUUGAAUACUGACAACAGCCUUACUGUUUCUCAGGGGAUUAGCAUUCAGUGAUGUGCAGCGAUACACAAUGUUUGGCACCAUGUUCCCAUUUGUUUGCUUGCUUCUCCUGUUAUUUGUGGCGCACAGGUCUAAGGGAAUUUCACCCCCCCCCAACCAGCUGCCAAUAAAAGUCAUCUCAGUGACAGCCAAACCCACAUUUUCCACACAGGAAAGGAGAGUUGACAUUAGCUAUUUAUUCUUUCAUCCUUAAAAACAGCUCUUCCACUGACCUGCCCCACAACCCAUACCCACAUCUCCUAGGUCACAGACAGAACUUCAGUGAAGCAGACAGUUUUAUUAUGUUCCAACCAGUAGGGGACCUUACUCCUGGAGAAUGUUUGGGAUGAAUGAUACUGAGGAUACCUAACAGGAAUGCAUAACCCAAGCCAAUCUAGAGCAACAACCAUCCAGUCACACACGUUUACCAUACUAUAUUUUUUCUCCUUGCUUUCACACUGUGUGACUUGCAGAAUGCAUUGUUUUGGGAGGGAUGCUAAACUGCAGAUGCCCAGUCUUGCUGCAUUCUUGGGUAUCAUACCUCUCAACUGUACAGAUUUUUGCACAAUGUCCAGAUUUUUUUUCUCAUAUUUUGGUCCAUUUUUCAUAAAAUUGUAAUUUUCU